AUGACUAAAUUCGUACUUUUGCUGCUCACGACCCUGGCACUACUCUUUUCCAAUGUGAAAUGCCAACUUGAAAACAACCAAAUAGACGAUCUCUCUACUCGAGAUCCAUGGUUAUUUGAUAAUCAUAUUUCUUCUCCAUUCGAUGAAUUUAUGACUUCAAAACAGGAUAUCCAUUCAAACCCUUUCCAAGCGAUAGAUGAACUUGUAGAUAUGUCAAUUGAAGCUACUGAGGCGAUGUUAGAUUCUUUAAAUUUUAAUAACUUAGAUGAGGAUUCAUCUGUUACUACCAUUGAAAUUACCAUCGUAGAGUCACCUGAUUUACCAAGCAACGAAGUUGAAUUUCCUGAAAUAGAUGACACAUCGAAGAUAACUCUAGAUGAUGAAUAUAUUCAAGAUCAACAAUAUGAUCCUUUGAUGGAUUUUUCAUUCUUAGCUGUAGCUGCUUUUGUGGCCGUCAUUCCUGUUAUUCUUAGUAUGAUAAGGGGAAAGAAAGAAAAGAAAUACGAAUAUUUGGUUGUUCAUACUACUGAUGAAUGUCAGACAGCAGAUUUAGAAAGUGCGACGUGUGUAAAGAAAUAA